AUGACCGGAAAUCAGAAGAAUCUGCGUGCGAAUCUGGCAGCUCGCCAGGUCAAACAGACUCCCGCUGAUUGGACGGUUGCGGCUCAGGAGGCGUACAAACUACUUGUCGAAUGUGGUCGAGAUCUCACGAAUACUCCAUCACCACGUUCAUCUCCCUCAGUAGAUCAACUGAAGCGGAUAACCGUCAUCGAGAACAAGCCGGCAACGUCAGCGUCAGGAUCGCCGGUGCCACCACGACCAGCCACUCCUCCGCACGUGAAGACUCGCGAGUCGUCCGUCGAAUCCAGCCAAACCACAGAGGAUGUUACGAGUUACUCACCGCAGAAACGAGUUCACCUCAUUGAGACGAAACUGUUGACCACGACAGCAGCAGAGGAG